AUGACGUCAGUACAACCAUCAGUGCAGCCUCCAGCAGGACUCCUUCUUUUAAACGCGCGUAAUUCUACUCCUUCGACCUGGUUCGACUUGUUAUUGCGCGCCUGGAAACAGCUUCAAGUCAGCUAUUACGGCGGCAAGUACUCGAUCGAGCGGUUGUUUGCACUCGAGGAAUUAUCAAAGAAGACACCGUCGUCACGUGCGAUCGCUGUGUGUCUCGCGACUCCUUUCCCUACUGUCGCGGUUGUAUUAAUUCAAGAGUCGAUCCCGCUACAAGAUCCAACUAAGGACUGGAGAGAAAACUAUGGCUUCUGGCUUCGAGCUGCUAUCCUGUCACUGGUGAUCGGUCGUGUGGUUGUGGAUCAGAUGAACUCUUUUAUCGGUGUUUUAAUCUCGUGGAAACGCAAACACCUGCUUUCAGUCUGCGCUGCGGUCAUCUUCACCUUUGCCGCUGCGUUUACUUCAGCUCACACAGUGUUCCCUGUUCCUUUCUUUGUAUUGACGCUGGUUCCUCUAUUCUACGCUAUCUUUGCCGUGAUCUUUCGCUUAGUUGCGGCUGAGAAUGUCGUGGCAUGCACAUAUCCAGCCUAUGAGGCGCUUUUCCGACUCGCACAAGGCACGCAAUACCAGCUUCCUGUUACUUUUCUAUUGCCGAUUAUGAAGAUGGCAUUAAGGAAUAUGAUGCUUCAGUGUGCAGUGCACAUGGAAGACAUGACGCCCGAAGCGGUGAUCUUCACUGUAGACUUCUUCAAUGCUGUCUAUGUGUCGUCGUGCAUGCAGAGCGCUACGUCACUCGUCUCUGUGGUUGCUAUCAUAGCUACAGAUCUAUCACAAACGGCGUUCAUGUUUCUGCCAGUGUCCGGUGCCCCCAUCUACGAGCCACCGUCCACUGCCAGUGUCUGCAAAGACACAUCCCAAGGACACUCAUGCGCCUGGCAGUGCAGCUUGCGGCUGCACUACAACCGGCUACACUGA